CGUCGCUGCCUGGACUGGAACUGGAUAGUAAAAUAUCUUAAAAAAAACUCUCCGAUCACCUUUUUAACUUCUGCACAUUUUUUAAGACCCUGUGCUUAUCCACCCCCUCCCAGUCAGCGAUGUCGAAGGGCAACGUAAGCGGGUUGCAUUAGCGUGUAGAUAAAACACAUACAUAUUUGUGUACCCCGCUGUCUCCUCCGCGGGAUCUCUGUGGUCUGUCAGACCUGCAGGACCAGGCCGACCCCAUCGACUUUUCUUCCGCCAGUAUCUUACAGUCUGAGUAAAGGCGUGGCCAAGGAAGGGAUGGCUCAGUUCGAGGAAAUGAUGCAGCAGCAGCUGGAGAGCUCCAUGCAUGCCGAGCUGGAGAAGCUGCUGAACACCACCACAGGGGCUGAGAGAGAGGUGUCCAAGAAAGAUUUCAGGGGCUUCAAGAAUCUCUUCCAUAGAUUUCUGCAGGUGAAGGGGCCAUCAGUGGAGUGGAUCAAGAUAAAGAGACCUCCAGAAGAAUCUAUCCAACCCUACGAUAAGAUCGCUGCUCGAGGCCUGCCGGACAGUGUGGCUGAAAGCUUGAACAAACUGGUGGUGGUGAAGCUGAACGGAGGCCUGGGCACCAGCAUGGGAUGCAAGGGCCCCAAGAGCCUGAUCAGUGUCCGCAACGAGAACACCUUCCUGGACCUCACUGUGCAGCAGAUUGAGCACCUGAACAAGACUUACAACACAGACGUCCCCCUGGUCCUCAUGAACUCUUUCAACACAGAUGAAGACACAAAGAAAAUCCUGCAGAAGUACACACACCACCGGGUCAAGAUACACACCUUUAAUCAAAGCAGGUACCCUCGCAUCAACAGAGAGUCUCUCCUUCCCGUGUCCACAACCUUGAGCAUGACUGGACAAAAUGCAGAGUGCUGGUACCCUCCUGGUCACGGCGACAUCUACGCCAGCUUCUACAACUCAGGCCUGUUGGAUCAGCUGAUCGCUGAGGGCAAGGAGUACAUCUUUGUGUCCAACAUCGACAAUCUGGGAGCCACCGUCGACCUCCACAUCCUGCACCACCUGGUCAGCCAGCCCAACGGCAAACGCUGCGAGUUCAUCAUGGAGGUGACGGAUAAGACCCGUGCUGAUGUGAAGGGUGGCACGCUGAUCCAGUAUGAAGGGAAGCUGCGUCUGCUGGAGAUCGCACAGGUGCCCAAAGCCCAUGUGGACGAAUUCAAGUCGGUUUCGAAGUUCAAGAUCUUCAACACCAACAACCUGUGGAUCUCUCUGGCUGCUAUUAAGAGGCUGCAGGAGCAGAAUGCAAUGGACAUGGAGAUCAUCGUGAACCCCAAGACGCUUGACGGCGGGCAGAACGUCAUCCAGCUGGAGACUGCAGUCGGUGCGGCCAUCAAAUGCUUCGACAACGCCCUGGGAAUAAAUGUUCCCCGCAGCCGCUUCCUGCCGGUCAAGACUACGUCAGACCUCCUCCUGGUCAUGUCCAACCUGUACAGCCUGGAGGCCGGCUCGCUCACCAUGAGCCCCAAGAGAGAGUUCCCAACAACUCCGCACGUCAAACUGGGCAGCUCCUUCACCAAGGUUCAGGAAUAUUUGAUCCGCUUCGAGAGCAUCCCGGACAUGCUGGAGCUCGACCACCUGACGGUGUCCGGAGACGUCACCUUUGGGAAAAACGUGUCACUUAAGGGCACCGUCAUCAUCAUCGCCAACCACGGAGAUCGCAUCGAUAUCCCGGCGGGCUCCAUGCUGGAAAACAAAAUCGUAUCCGGCAACCUCCGUAUCCUGGACCACUGAGGCCUUCUUCACCCUCAUCGUGUGACGUAAUCCCCAUCAUCCCUGUCAUGUGACCCCUUUAUCACGUUAACCCGACACCAACAGAUUGUGAGAGGAAAUGGCAUUUCCCCGGAGGCUGAGUGUGAUUGCAUGUGCAGUGCUGCUCUACAGUUUGCAUGCUUAAUGGUUGGAAGUAGCUGGGAUAUGCUGCCCUCUGCAGGCUGUUUAUCAUAUAACAUUUGAAAGUAUUACUAAUGAAGUAGUCAUAGCUGUCACCUUAAACACCUUUAUCCUUGUUAGAGAGGAAAACUAAUCACAUUUUUUUCUUCUUCAACUGUAGUUAUUUUGACUUUUGUUGGCCAGAUAAAAAUAAAAUAAUAUAUUCUAAAUAGGUAGGAAAAAUAUACUGAUAUAUUAAUAUUAAUAGGGACGCUAGUUGGAGUACAGGUUGAAGAAAUCAGAUUUGGGUUUUUUUUGGGGGGGGGGGGGUUGCACUGCUAAUGCAAUCACAAAGAUGAAGUCAUGAGAGUUAUAGGGAAGGUUUGGACAUUUUGUGUGAAGCACAAAGACGUCUCUGCGGGAUUCGAUAUGCUUCCACAAUUUAGGCACAGCAAAACACGCCGUGAUGUAAAGUUAUAUUUUGGUGAUUCAUGCAUCAGCAGCAGAAGAUAUAUAAUAUACUUAAAGCUUUGCCCAGCCCAGCUCAGGGUGCUGAUUUACCACUGAGUUCAACAAUACACCCAAAAAACUGACUCAGACACAAGGAGACCGUCAGCAUGGAGGUUUAUUAUAAACCCCGCAGUGGUUCACACUGGUUUGGAGGUGUUAUCAGGAUCCUUUGCUGGCUCUUAGAGUUAUACUUGUCACCUUUCCAGCAGCUUAUUUCACAAACCCAGCCCUCAGUUCACCCUCAAGUGCAGCAGAUAGCUGACAGUCUUUCAAAAGUGGAUGCAAGCACCAGAACUUUUGGAACUCUCAAAAUAGAAUUGCCUCAUUUUUAAACAUUAAACACUGGCAAUGUACAAAUACUGAAGUUAUUUUCCAUAUUUCAGAGACACGCAGAAUAUGGUGUCUCUGAAAUACAGGUGUGAUCCUUUCUCUGCAUUAAUUUUCCCUCAUGCAGAAACAGAAAAUGGGGUCAGAUUUAGCGAAUCGUGUAUGUCCAAAUUAAAGGCACCUUUAAAGAAAUGUUACUCCUGCCGAGCUGCACGCUCCAUCUUGAUAGCGCUACGAUUUAUACAACCAUGACUGGAGAUUUAAAACUGCCUGCCUACACUCAUCCAGUGAGAUUGGAGUCCCAAACAAUUCAAUGCAUUUUGAGUAUUUACUCCAAAGAAGGCUCUUUUACUCUUGGCUCAGCUCCCUGUCAGUCCAUCGUGGAGACGUAGCUGCUCUGCAGCCCCAAUAGAAUAUUAGUUGACUUUAUCUGACAGCUAAUUGGCUUUAUCAUACGAGUAUUUUAUGAAAGACUUUGGUACUUGUAUCCACUUGUGGAAGAUAUCCCAGGAAUACGAAUUGGUCGUCUGUGCUAUGAGGAUGCAUUGGACUCUGUACUCCCGUCUGCUCAGCUCUAUUGUUAACAGAGGCGAAGCUGCUCUGCUGCACACUGUGAAAUCAUUUCUUCAUUAAACCUUUUUUAUGCCUCAUGUUUUGUAAAACAACAACAAACCUAUACAAAUUUUUCAUACUGCCACAGCAACAGUAUCAAACAAUAUAAACACCAUGCAGUUUAUAUAAUAAUCAUGUGGCUGACACAGAGCUUUAAUUGCAUUUCCAUCCACAGGUCAUCGUUUGCAUGUGUUUCAGCAGAAACGCUGGAAACAUGAGAAUAAAUAAAUAUGGUGACAGAUUGAUCUGCAUGUGGCUCAAAUGAAGCGUCUGCACACAGAGAAAUGCUGCAGAUAAAAGCGUCACACGAGGAGAUUCAAGCAUAAAUUGCGUAUUUUCACAUGAUUUUCAUUCAUUUCAGAUUUCACUCGUUUCAUAUCAUACCCUCUCAGCUUAUUAGUUUUUAAACGAUGAAAACCCAAAGAUAUUAAAAUUACAGCAGUUUGGAUGGAAAUGUGACACUUGUGUGUCCUUUGCUGCUGUGCACUGCUCAUUUGUCACUAUGAGCCACAUCUGGCACACACAAGUCGCCAUUAGAUGGUUUGUUGGCGUGUGAAGAUUAAACAGAGCAGCUUUAGGUUGAAUUAGUGGAGCCCUGAAGCCCACAGCGACGUCUGUGCUGACACAGGAAAACUGUGACUGAGCAUGCUUCCACCGCAUGUGGUCACGUCUCUAGUUUCGGCCUCGUCUGAAAAGCUCACAGGAGUUUGUGCCGUGCAGCAUUUUUUUUUUUUUUUUUUUUCAUGAUAUGAUGAUGAUUGUGAGGAUCCAGGUACAGUCACUGCGAUAUGAGAUUUUAUGGGACAGGAACGAUGUCGUUUUAAAGUGAAGGCCUUUAUUUGUCUCUGUGUGGAGUAGCUGAUGAGAAUAUCACAUUGUUGUGCAUUAUUUUUUUUUUCUUUGUAUCUGGUUUGUUUUCACCUUCAUAUUGUGUGAAAUCUCAGCAUUUCUUCUAUUUCUCUGUCCAUCCUGUCAGUCAGCAUUGUUUCUUCACUCAAAGACAUGAUGUGCUGUGUUUUCUUCAAUGUUGUUGCAUACACACACACACGCGUACACAAAUUGUCAGUGUGAGAAUACUUGAGAUGGGUCCGACUCGUGCGGACCGGGAGCCCGAAAGCAAUAAAUGUUGACCUGUGACAGCGACGAGGUCUCAGCCCAGACCAGACCAGCUCUGCCUGCUCAGAGCUGAAUAAAGUGCAAUAUGAAAUACUGA